AUGCAAAAUAUUGAGAUUACUGCCGAAAAUUUACAUAUAUCUUAUGAAACCAAUUCAACAACAAAACUCGGACAUCCAUUUUCAUUUGGCAUCACAAUUCAUUCUAUUAAAUUAAAUACUGAUAAUGAUCGUAAAACGAGAAAUAAAAACAAAGAUAGAACAUCGAUUAUUUAUAUCUUAAAAGAGCUUAAUUCAUUAUCUAUUUAUUGGAAUGUAAAAUGUACAUCGAGAAUCAAUAUGCCAUUCAAUACUGUUAUAGAUGAUUUAAAAUCUAAAAUAGCAGCGGCAUACUGUAGAGCGAAACAUUUUGAUAUGAAUUACAUUUUAUAUCCCACUAAUAUGGAUGUUAAUAUGAUUAUUAUAAUAACUGAUGGUGAACAUAAUUUUGAUCGAUCAACAUUUAAUAUAGACAUUAAAAUAGGACAAUUAGCACUUAAUAUUGAUUCAAAACAAUUUUCAGAUUUACUUGAUUUUGCCAAGUUUCAAAACUACUCAACACUUUACGACCGAUGUCGUGAAUAUCGACAAUUAUAUUUACAAGAGUCAACUGAUAAUACGCUAUUGAAUCAAGAACAAAAAGAGCGUCUCAAAAUUCUUGAGUCAAAAUUAGAUGCAUUCAAUUUGGCUUAUAUUCGUCAUAGUGUAGAAAUCGAGAUUGAACAGCGUUCGACGACUGGAUCACCACAUGAAGAUACACACAAAAAUAAGUAUCAUCGAUGGAAUUCAUGGUGGAGAAAAAGACCAAAACUUAAUAAUGAUGAAGCAUGCGCGUCAGCAACAACAUCAGAAUCGCAUCGUGAUGAUGGAUAUAGUUUUUAUUUUGAAGAUUUAUCAAAUAUAAUUUUUAACAUCAGUAUGCAUAAACUUGAUUUAUAUUUAUUGUCGCCAUUAUCAAGAAACAAUAAUAAUUGUCUAACAGAACUGAGUGAUAAGGAACAUCGUGAUCGUGACGUAAUAACUUAUGUUAGUAUUAAUGAUGGUAAUAUAAAUCUAACCAAGUGCUCAAUAUCAUCAAGUCUAUUACUUGAAAUACAUGUUCCCGAUCUUCGUUUAUAUGCUUGGGAGGAAAAUUUAGAUGAAAUUCGCUUAUUAGUUAAACCAACCAUAAACACUCCUUCUCCUUUAAUGAAUCUUCAAUUUGAAUUGUUUCCAAUAAACAAAUGUAAAUCUGAUUACCGUUUCCAUUUAAAUGUGCAACCAAUAUCAAUCAUUUAUGAUGCCGUAAUGUUUAACCGUAUUGCUGAAUACUUUGAAUACAAUGUGAAAUCGAAUUCAUUUUCGUCGUCUGAAAUUAAACAUCGUACACAUACACAAAUGGAACAUGACCUAUCUUGUGCAAAAAUAUUUGAUAUGCAUAUUGUGCUAAAUGAAAUCUCAAUCAUUUUUCCAGAUUAUGGAUUUUACAAAGAGUUAUAUAUUUAUAUUAAUAUUGUCUUUUAUUCAUUGGAAUAUUGUUCUUCUGAUUUUAGAAAUUCUUCAUUGAUUAGUAUCGAUUGCAAAGCACUAGUGUUAAAAUCGUGUGUUGAUGAAGAUCAGUUACAUUUAAAAGUAAAUAUGAUUAUUUCAUUGUUAAAAUAUUAA